AUGACUAAUUCAAGUCAAGUAAAUGUUGCAACAACAUCGGUUGCACACAAUCGUUCAACUGCUGCCCUAGCAUCGGCUGAGAAACCUGCAAAGUUUUCUGGAGUCGACUUCAAGAGAUGGCAGCAGAAGAUGUUCUUCUAUUUGAUUACGUUGAGUCUGCAGAGGUUCAUUAAUGAGAACGUUCCUGUUUUGUCGGAUGAAACUCCGCUUGAAGAACGAUUCUUGGAAACAGAAGCAUGGACACAUUCAGAUUUUUUGUGUAAAAAUUAUAUUUUGAGUGGCCUGCAAGAUGAUCUGUACAAUGUUUACAGUAAUGUCAAAACCUCAAAAGAACUCUGGGAUACUUUAGAAAAGAAGUACAAAACAGAGGAUGCCGGAAUGAAGAAGUUCAUUGUGGUAAAGUUUCUGGACUAUAAGAUGAUAGACAGUAAGACCGUCGUCACCCAAGUUCAAGAAUUGCAGGUCAUAAUCCAUGAUCUCCUUGCUAAAGUGGCUGCAAUUAUUGAGAAGUUACCUCCAUUGUGGAAGGACUUCAAAAACUACUUGAAACAUAAACGCAAAGAGAUGACUGUUGAAAAUCUCAUGGUAAGGAUGAGAGUCGAAGAGGAUAAUAAGGUCGCAGAAAAGAGGUCACGUGGUAAUUCAGCUAUAUCUGGAGUAAAUAUUGUUGAAAAAGAUCCCACAAAAUCAAAGAAAAGAAAAAAAACAUCUGGUCCAAAGAGCAAUCCUCCAAAGAAGAAAUUCAAUGGAAGCUACUUCAAUUGUGGCAAACGUGGUCAUAAAGUUACUGAAUGUCGGGGUCCCAAGAAGGACAAGAAGAAGAAUCAAGCAAAUUUGGUUGAAUCCAAAGGAGAGAUGGACGAUCUCUGUGCAAUGCUUUCAGAAUGCAACUUGGUUGGAAAUCCAAGAAAAUAG